AUGCUGCGACACUCUCUGGCUCGUUCGGCUUGGCGGUCCAGCAGGCAUGCCGCCAAUGCCACGAGAGCCUUUUCCGCGACUGCUCAGCGACCCGCCGAGGUCGAGCUGACCAUUGAUGGAAAGAAGGUCUCGAUUGAAGCUGGUUCCGCCUUGAUUCAGGCUUGCGAGAAGGCCGGAUCAACCGUCCCUAGGUUGCGUGUAGAUACUGUUACCAUGAGUACGAUCCCGCACUCUUCCGACUUCGACACGAUCACGAACAAGCGCGCUGACAAAUGGCUCAGGAAACUAAUGAUUGCGGGAAACUGCCGUAUGUGCCUGGUCGAGGUUGAGAGAGCACCCAAGCCCGUAGCAUCUUGCGCAUGGCCCGUACAGCCCGGUAUGGUCGUCAAGACCAACUCUCCGCUCACCCACAAGGCCCGCGAGGGUGUGAUGGAGUUCUUAUUAGCAAAUCACCCCCUCGACUGCCCUAUCUGCGACCAGGGUGGUGAGUGUGAUCUUCAGGACCAGUCGAUGCGAUACGGUGGCGACAGAGGACGAUUCCACGAGGUUGGUGGCAAGCGUGCCGUGGAGGACAAGAACAUUGGACCUCUCAUCAAGACAUCCAUGAACAGAUGUAUCCACUGCACGAGAUGUAUCCGAUUCGCAAACGACGUUGCUGGUGCUCCCGAGAUGGGUUCUUUCGGCCGUGGAAACGACAUUCAAAUUGGUACCUACCUCGAGAAGAACCUCGACUCUGAGAUGUCCGGAAACGUCAUCGAUCUGUGCCCUGUUGGUGCCCUUACUUCGAAGCCUUACGCAUUUCGUGCCAGACCUUGGGAGUUGAAGAAGACCGAGUCCAUUGACGUCCACGAUGGUCUGGGUUCCGCCAUUCGCGUGGACUCCCGAGGUCUCGAGGUUAUGCGCGUUAUUCCCCGAUUGAACGACGACGUCAACGAGGAGUGGAUCAACGACAAGACCCGAUUCGCCUGCGAUGGUCUCAAGACCCAGAGACUGACCAUGCCCUUGGUUCGACGUGACGGCAAGUUUGAGCCCGCUUCGUGGGAGCAGGCCUUGACCGACAUCUCCGUCGCUUACCGUGCUCUGCAGCCCGGUGAGAACGAGUUCAAGGCUAUCGCUGGUGCUUUGACCGACGUUGAGUCUCUGGUCGUCAUGAAGGAACUGGCCAACAAGCUGGGCUCCGAGAACGUAACCAUUGAUGUACCUGCUGGCAACGGUCCCGUUCCUCACGGUGUUGAUGUUCGUUCCAACUACCUUUUCAACUCCCUCAUCUGGGGCGUUGAGGACGUUGAUGCCCUGCUCCUGGUUGGCACUAACCCCCGCCACGAGGCUGCCGGUCUGAACGCCCGUAUUCGCAAGCAAUGGCUCCGAUCUGACCUCGAGAUUGGCGUCGUUGGUGAGCAGUUCGACUCGACCUUCGAAGUCGAGCACCUUGGUACUGAUUUCGCUGCCCUCAAGAAGGCUCUCGCCGGCCCCUUCGGCAAGAAGCUCCAGGCAGCCAAGAAGCCCAUGAUUAUUGUUGGUUCCGGUGUUACUGACCACCCUGACGCCAAGGCUUUCUACGAGCUCAUUGGUGGUUUCGUCGACAAGAACGCUGCAAACUUCCUGACCCCCGAGCACAACGGAUACAAUGUUCUCCAGAGAGAGGCUUCCCGCGCUGGUGCCUUUGAGGUUGGCUUCGUUCCUCCCUCUGCCGCUGUUGCUGAGACCAAGCCCAAGUUCGUCUGGCUGCUCGGUGCCGACGAGUUCAACGAGGCCGAUAUCCCCAAGGAUGCCUUCGUUGUCUACCAGGGUCACCACGGUGACAAGGGCGCCCAAAUUGCUGAUGUCGUUCUGCCCGGUGCCGCAUACACCGAGAAGGCCGGAACCUAUGUCAACACCGAGGGACGUGUUCAGAUGACCCGUGCUGCUACAUCAUUACCCGGUGCCGCCCGGACUGACUGGAAGAUCAUCCGCGCUGCUUCAGAGUUCCUUGGCGUUCCUCUGCCCUACGAUGACGUUGCCAUGGUCCGGGACAGAGCCGCAGAGAUCAGCCCGGCACUUACAGUCUACGACGUUGUCGAACCCACUUCGCUGAAGCAGCUUAGCAAGGUGCAGUUGGUUGACCAGAACAAGGGCUCAAAGCCCAGCGGUGAACCCCUGAAGAAGGUUAUUGAAGAUUUCUAUUUCACAGAUGUUAUCUCUAGAAGCUCGCCAACAAUGGCAAGAUGUUCGAUUGCAAAGGCAACGGGCAACCCCAAGACAGAUUUGAUGGCACCGGGUAUGACUGAGGACAAGCCCAUGGGUCAGGUCGCUUACGGUGCAUGA